CUCCUCUUUCAGUUCAGUUUAGUUAGGUUCACGAGAGAGUAAAAACGUUUUUGGGACAAUUGGUGAAAUUGUUCCUACAUUUCGGUCUGUCUCUGUGUAUGAGACGACGUCAUGAGUCGGAAUCGAAAAGAAAAAACCCAAAAAUGUUAAUAUUUUAGUGAAAUUUUUCUGUAAAAAAUUUGUGUUUGAAAUCAUUUUUUAUUAAACGAUUCGCCAACCAUUGUUAAAUGACGUAGUGGUGUGUUAAUUAAAAUUGCAAAACAAAAAAAAAUAAUUUGCCUGCCUCCACCUAGUUAGUGGCCUUUUCCGUUGUAUGAAUAUAUGGUGUGUUCGUUGUGUGCGUGCGUGUGUGUGUGUGUGAGCUAGUAUCACUGCUCAUCAAGAUUAACGAAAAAACAAAAAAACGAAAAAACCCAUUGUUUUAUUAAAUUUAGAAGGAAAAAAAAGCCCUCUUUGAGUCUCAUUUAACUUGAAAGUUAAUUACAUAUACCAAACAACAACAACUUGUCAUUUUUCCCUACCCUCCGUGGCCUUAACAUCAAAAUAAGAAGACAAAAAAAAAAAAAAUAAAAAGGGUAAAAAGCCAAUUGAAAAUUUGGACAAUUAGUCAUCAUCCAUUGAAUUAAAGCAACGAGAAGAAGGAGGGGGCGACCUUUGUAGAAAAAGAAGUAAUGCCAUCAUCGGCCACAGCAGCGACAGCGACGCCUCCGCAAAAAUAUUAAUUAAAUUAUGAAAUAAUCUGGAUACCAGGCCAUCACAACUCGUCAAACCCCCUUAAUCGAAGGGUAAAACGAGGAAGAAUCUACAUAAUUGAGCAUUGAGUGCAUGAGGUUGGGUUGUCGCCAAUAGCGUAGAGUACAGCGAAUGAGUGUGCCUGAUUGAACUUAUUUUUACAUUAAAGAAAUCAAAACAAACCAAAUAAAUAACAGCCGCAGCACAAUGAGAAAUGACAAAAGUCAUUAGCAGAGGCAAUUGAAAAAUAGCACAUUCCGUGGAGGGAUAUUUUGUGAAAUCAAAAUUCUUUCCCUCAGCCGACCAAUCAAGCGAAAACCACGAUCACUAUCCACUCCCCCUUACUUCUCCGUCCAUUGUAUCAAAGCCACAGAGCAAGAACAACCGUCCGCGUCAUUUAAACCAGUUUCAAGAUAUUUUUUUUUACCCGCUUCUCUCCCGAUCUUUUGCAGCGUAUAACAUUAAUGGGAACAGCAGCAACAACAACAACAUCGAAACCAAAAACAACUACAUAUACAACGGCGGUUUGUUGAUGAAGAAGUACGUUCUACUUACUACUUUGGUUGUCGGGCUUAUUACGCUUUUUGUUCAUGUGAAUGCUCGUUUAAGCGUGCUGAAGUGAGCGCGUGUGUGUGCCCGCGUAUGUUUUUUUGUUUGUUGAAAUUCCUAUCAUAAAAAAAGAGAGCAACGACACAGCGCUAGACUGACUAUACAACGAUAACAAAGGUGGUAAGGUGGUUCCCCAUGUCCCCCACAACAGCAGCACUCUUCAAACACGAUAAAGAGAACAUCCCAAGAGGGAGAGAGUAGAGGCGCAAAACAAAAAAAAAAUAUAUAGAAGCAACAAUAUUCAAAACAUUUGAGAUAUUUGUGUAAAUAUACCACACCACCUCGAAACCCAGGAAACUACAUAUUACCAAUCUAAACUAAAAUAUGGCUGAGGGUCUUGGCGAAGGACAAGUUCAUGGUUACAUGGAUAAUGACGCUACCGACACCUGCCAUUUGCGUAUAGUCAUUUUAAGUGGACAAUCACUAGCCAAGAAGGAUAUAUUCGGAGCAAGUGAUCCUUAUGUUAGACUAGAUCUAAAUACCAUAAAUGGUGAUAUAAAUAUUGAUUCCGUUUUGACAAAGACUAAGAAGAAGACCCUAAAUCCUACAUGGAAUGAAGAAGUUGUUUUUCGGGUGAAACCCUCAGAACAUAAAUUGGUCUUUCAAGUAUUCGAUGAAAAUCGUCUGACGCGAGAUGAUUUUCUUGGCAUGGUGGAACUAACUCUGGUUAAUUUGCCGACAGAACAAGAAGGGCGUACAAUAGCACCACAAAUUUAUCCCUUGAGGCCUAGAAGGUCAGUAGGUGCCAAAUCACGUAUCAAGGGUACUUUGGAAAUCUAUCAUGCCUUUAUACACGAGCAACGGGAACCGGUUGAUGCGGAUCCAAGUUCCGGCGAUUGGGAGCAUGUGGAAAAUGUGGCAUUGACAGGAGCAGCACCAGCAGCGAAUGCUUUUGUUGCAAAUGGCAGCCAUGAUGCUUUGCCUUCCGGUUGGGAGGAACGACAGGAUGCUAAUGGACGAACAUAUUAUGUUAAUCAUACCGCUCGUACAACGCAGUGGGAGAGACCUACAAAUUUGAAUACAAAUCAUGCUAAUAUAAACAUGGAAGCAGCUGCUUCAGAUUUCCAAAGACGAUUUCACAUCAGUGUGGAUGAUUCGGAGACAAAUCGGACCGCCGAUACCUUAAGCCAAAUUAGCUCAGAUGAUAAUGCUAUGGAAACGUUAGGAAACUCAAACUCAAGUGACUCCAAUAACACCACCACCAACAACAACAGUAACAACAUUGACAUUAACCGCAAUAACUCCAACUCAGUACACAUUUUAGAUCAUAGAGAUGCUAGCACUAAUGAUUCAAUGGAUGAUUAUACCAGAUUUCUCUAUAAUUCACUACGACAUCCCACAAGUAGGCUAGAAACAUCUAUAACGUCCAUAUUAAAUGAUCUGCGGCCGGUACGCCACACCAUACAAAAUUCCCAAGAUGCGGCGUACACAACGACGAAUAACAACAGGCCUCUACCCUACAAUGCACUUCAUUUUCCACCUCCCAAUGGACUAACUGCAAGGACAUCUGCCAACAACGAUGCGCAUCCACCUGCUUCUCAAAGUAUUAAUCCUCCCUUAAAUCGGCUGGCUUUGGAAAAUUUGCGUAAUCGCAAUUAUGCGGGACAAUCAUCAUCCUCCAGACAGUCUUCGACUGAAGAUGCCGAUCAAACAGAUAGUGGAAAUCGUUCGCAGACAUCAGCUUCAUCGACUAGACGAAAUUCUGUGGAGGAUAAUAAUGCAGCUACUACUGAACAGGCUGCCCCUAGCGCAGAUGAAGAACCCCUUCCUCCUCGAUGGUCCAUGCAGGUAGCACCCAAUGGUCGUACAUUCUUCAUUGAUCAUGCCUCAAGGCGUACCACUUGGAUAGAUCCACGUAAUGGACGCGCCAGUCCCAUGCCAAAUCAGACACGGCGUGUUGAAGAUGAUUUGGGACCAUUACCCGAGGGUUGGGAGGAACGCGUACACACAGAUGGGCGUGUAUUUUAUAUUGAUCACAACACAAGAACAACACAAUGGGAAGAUCCACGACUGUCAAAUCCAAAUAUUGCCGGACAAGCGGUACCUUAUUCCAGGGAUUACAAACAAAAAUAUGAAUAUUUCAAGAGUCAUCUUAGGAAACCUACCAAUGUACCCAAUAAAUUUGAAGUGCGUGUUCGUCGUAUAUCAAUAUUAGAGGACUCAUACAGGAUUAUUAGCCAAGUAACCAAAACUGAUUUAUUGAAGACCAAGCUGUGGGUAGAAUUUGAAGGAGAAACUGGUUUAGAUUAUGGUGGCUUGGCCAGAGAAUGGUUCUAUUUGCUCUCCAAGGAAAUGUUCAAUCCCUAUUAUGGCCUUUUCGAGUAUUCUGCCAUGGAUAAUUAUACACUACAAAUAAAUAAUGGCAGUGGUCUCUGCAAUGAAGACCAUUUGCACUACUUCAAAUUCAUUGGUCGCAUAGCUGGCAUGGCCGUGUAUCAUGGCAAACUUUUGGAUGCCUUCUUCAUACGCCCCUUCUAUAAAAUGAUGUUACAAAAGGCUAUUGAUCUCAAGGACAUGGAAUCAGUGGAUACGGAAUAUUAUAAUUCCCUUAUGUGGAUUAAGGAGAAUGAUCCCCGUCAACUGGAGUUAACGUUCUGUGUCGAUGAGGACACUUUUGGGCAAAAGAGCCAGCAUGAAUUGAAACCGGGUGGUGCCAAUAUUGAGGUGACCGACGAUAACAAAGAUGAAUACAUCAAACUGGUUAUUGAAUGGCGUUUUGUGGCGCGUGUCAAAGAACAAAUGACUGCCUUCUUGGAUGGAUUUGGUUCCAUCAUACCCUUGAAUAUAAUCAAAAUAUUCGAUGAACAUGAGUUGGAGCUGCUCAUGUGUGGCAUACAAAAUAUCGAUGUCAAGGAUUGGCGCGAGAACACCCUUUACAAGGGCGACUAUCAUCAAAAUCACAUUAUCAUACAAUGGUUUUGGAGAGCUGUGCUCUCCUUCCCCAAUGAGAUGCGCUCACGUUUGCUGCAGUUUGUUACAGGCACCUCUCGUGUACCUAUGAAUGGUUUUAAGGAAUUGUAUGGGUCGAAUGGCCCCCAAAUGUUCACCAUUGAGAAAUGGGGUACACCCAAUAACUAUCCAAGGGCCCAUACAUGUUUCAAUCGCUUGGAUCUGCCUCCUUAUGAAGGCUAUUUGCAAUUAAAGGACAAACUUAUUAAAGCCAUCGAGGGAAGUCAGGGCUUUGCUGGAGUCGAUUAACAACAACUUGUUCAUGAUAAUGCUGAUAAUAAUGAUGGAUGCAAAUGCUUACGUUUCUAUUAUGGGUAUUCACAAUCACAACGAUGGCGUCGCCCCUCAGAGUGGACCACAAUGAUGGCGACAAUCAUAAUUCCUAAACAAAAAUCGAAAAUACCAACUUUUUGGAAAACAAAAAAAAAAGAAAGAAAAAAGAAGAAAAUUACGCCGCCAAGAAUGGCCAUAGCCGAUCCAGUCUACGAAUGUUUCGAAACCAUCAUACAACGAAGACUAAAUAAAUACACAAUAGACGCGUAAUUAAGUCGUGGCCUUUUUCCAAAAACACUUGUACUUAUUUAUUUGCCUGUUUCCCCUUCUUGUUUUUUCUUUUUGUAUAAUCAUAAUUUUUACUAAUAUGUUUGUAAUUAAAGCAGACGCGAUAACUAUAGAAAAAUAAAUUAUUUGACAAUUACUUGAACAACUAUA